AUGUCUAUCCACAUCCGAACCAAAGAGGGCGUUCCCAUCACCCUUCCGGAGGGCCUCACUGAGGACCAACUUUGGGCAUUCAAGCCAUUCACUACGUGGAUGAGCACCCUUUCGCGCUCGCUGGCACUGCAGUCCUCGAGCGCGGAGCACCCCUUCCGCGCGGACCCGUACGUGCUGCGCUCCGUCACCGUGCAGGCGUUUGACCUCUUCGGCGGCGCCCGCGUCGGCUUCCUCAAGCUCGCGGCCGUCGUGUCCAACAACGCCGGCGAGACGCUCCCCGCCGCGGCCCUCCUGCGCGGGCCCAGCGUCGCCAUGCUCGUCAUGCUCCUCCCCGACGACGCCGCGAACGAGCGCCACGUCGUGCUGACCGUGCAGCCGCGCGUGCCCGCGGGCAGCCUGGCGUUUGCGGAGCUGCCGGCCGGCAUGGUGGACGACGCGGGCAACUUUAAAGGCGUGGCGGCGCAGGAGAUGCAGGAGGAGCUGGGCAUGACGAUCGCGGAGGGGGAGUUGACGUGCCUGAGCGAGUUGGCGGCGGAGCAGGAGGAGGAGGGCUUGCCGGCGGCAAUGUUCCCGAGCGCGGGUGGGUGCGACGAGCAUGUCACGCUGUACAGCUACGAGCGAAGGGUUUCGCGUGAGGAGCUGCGGAGCUGGAGCGGCAGGUUGACGGGGCUGCGUGAUAGAGGGGAGAAGAUCACGCUCAAGAUUGUGCCGAUGAAGGAUGCGUGGAGGGCGGGCGCGCGGGAUGCGAAGACGCUGGGCGCGUUGGCGCUGUGGGAAGGGCUGCGGCGAGAGGGCAAGGUCUAA